AUGGAUAGAUUCAAAGGGAGGGUUGUUCUUGAGGAUCGUGACAAGAAAAAUGAGGAACCUGAACACUUCGGGCGCAUCUGUGAUGAAGAUUUGUCACAAGGGGGAGAGCUGGAAAGUUCCCCGCAGGGCCGGAUGAAAAAGGAGGUAAAUUUACUUUGGUUUCCUUAUACAUUUACUUUGGUUUAUUUCUUUUACUUGGAUGUGGUGGGAGAAUUGAGAGGAAAGCAAAAGAUUGUUGAUAGAUCCUUGUGGACACAAAUACCAACAAUAGGAGGAAGACAGCCACCCUUUGUCUUCUUCCGCUAUUCAAAGAAUCAGUUUUUCUUCUCUGUUUUCUCACUCAUCUUCCUUGUCUGGCUCAUCCUACGCCCCUCCAAGCCUGAGUUCUACCUCAAAGAAGCCGAUAUCUACCAAUUAGACGUCACAGCACCUCACCUUCUCAACUCUUCCAUACAAGUCACUAUGGUCACCAUGAACCCAAAUAAGAAGGUUGGGGUCUACCACGACCAGCUCCAAGUCUACGCCUCCUACAAGGGCCAACAGAUUACUCUCUACACUUCUCUUCCUCCAUUCUAUCAAGGCCAUGAAGAUAGCAAUCUGUUGACAGCUUCCUUGGUAGGACUGGGCCUCCCCGUGGCCCCAUCUCUUGGUUACGAAGUGGGUCGGGAUCAGACAGCAGGUAGUCUGGUUUUAAGUCUGAAGGUGAACGGAAGGCUCCGAUGGAAGGUUUGGACCUGGGUUUCCGGCCGAUAUCGGUUUAAUGUGGAUUGUGUUGCCAUUAUCGCCUUUCGUCCAUACGUUGUAUUCCUCAUCAAUUAAACAGAUUACUACUCCCAAGAUUAGUAAAUGGUCCCUUAGCUUCUCCUUUGUCAUCUACCAUUACCGCUCAAAGGGACAACUCCAUUACAAUUACAAUGCAAUACCCUUUAAAGCUUCCACUAUAUAUUUUCUUCCUUUCCACUCAAUUCUUUAUAUUACCUUUUCAUUCCACCACUAGUUAGUUAGUGAACAUACAAGAAUAUAAAUACAUAUUGAGGCAAUGAAAGACAGAGAUAUCUAGAUAAAUUUCUAACAGAUACAUAUGAAAUCAGAAGGGUUUGAUUUGAUUUGAUCAUCGACGUCGUUGUCGUCGUCUAUAGAAAACAUGUUAGAUGAUUGGGAUUACUAGCUAUGGUUUAUUUAGUUAAGGUAGUUCAAGGUCGAACAGACAAUGAAAUAGAGGUGGAUAUCAGUAGAAGACUGUACACUUGGGAAGGAGAUAAUAUGGAAAUCACUCUCCAACAGUUGAUUAUGCAAAUGUUGGAAACCGUAGCUCUUUUCCUAGAUGUAAAUACUUUUGCCAUAUGCUAAUAUGCCAGAUUUCUAGAUUGAUUAGGCAAGGAUUUUUGGUGGAACUGGCCAGGGAUGCCCAUCAACUGUUAUUUAUUUCUUCAAUAAAAUUGGUCAGUUUCUCUGAUUGUCUCA